UAAAAUUAUUAAAAAAAUAAUAAUAUGCUUACACUAGAAUGUUGUUAUUAGGAAUACAGAAGUUAAAACAAAGAGGACCAUGUAUGUUUGUCUCUCUUGUUACACUGCAUAGUGCAUAAUUGCUGUUCAUACAACAAAGACUAAUCCAUUUUUUUUGGCUGUAUCCUUCUCUUAGAAGCAAUCAUGUUUAGAACAUUGUUAGACACUAAGUAUAGAUACCUCUCUUGAUAGGAAUUCAAACUUUGAUUCAUCACGUUAUGAGAAAUUAGCUCAUCCGCCUGACCAAUCCGAUUUGUUGUAAUGCAACAUCCUAUGCUCUAAACGCCUCAAUAAUUAUUUACUCACAAUGCAUCCCCCUGAAUGAAGAAAAAAGACAACUCACAUUAUGCUGUCCGCCUUGGAGUUUUUGGGUCUGAAAAAAAGAAAGAGGGUCCCAUAAAAAUAUUUAAUUAUAAUAGGAUUACAACAGUUACAGAAGAGAUCAGAAGAAACAGGUAGGUCCAUUCCAACUCCCAACUGGUACAAAACUCCAUACGUAUAGAGAUGAACCAUCUCUUCUUCCCCUGUUUCUCUGCAACCUGUUUCUGUUCGACAAAUGUGGUCACUGGCCUUUUCCUACAUAUCCUUCAAUGGAUAAUCCCUUUGAUCAGAUCCCAACCUAUCAUUCUCCCCCAUUACUGGCUUCUCCUCCGCCACGAAUCCCUUCCUAUUCACCAAGAAUUUCUCCUCCUCCGUCACCGGUAAUUCAAGUUUCUCCACCACCACCACCAAUACCGGUGAUUCCUCCGCCAGUUUCAUUACCGCCACCUUCAGCGAAGUGCCCACCACCACUAUGCCCGCCCCGACCUUUACCCAGUCCCUCACCCCCACCAGCUUGUCCCUGUCCACCUAAGUUGCCGUCGCCGCCUCCACCGUGUCCGUCUCCAUCACCGCCACCGCCUCCACCUUGUCCGUCUCCAUCACCGCCGCCGCCUUCAUGUCCGCCACCGUGUCAACCAUCUGUUUCACCCCCGCCGGUGAUUCCACUACCGCCAUUGCCCCCACUUCCGCCGUUGGUUCCAUCACCACCACCACCGUCCCCGUCCCCUCCACCCGCUGUUCUUCCACCCUUGGUAAUUCCACCACCGCUUGUUCUUACUCCUCCGUCGACAGGUGUCCUACCAACACCAACAUUACCAUGGGUAUCACCUCCUGAUGGAGACACUCAUCCUCCGCCACCUGCAUUGAAUUUUCCCCCAGAUGGAUCCGUACCGGCACCGCCACUAGUCCCGAUGUUCUCGACGCCGCCGGGAACGCCGCAGCUUCCGCAACAACCACCUGAAGGUCCACUGUUAUUUCCGCCCCCUCUUAUAUCAAACCCAACAACGCCGGAUACUGGCGUGGUCCCGACACCGGAGUUUCCUUUACCACAAACACCGCCGGUAGGUCCUGAUGAUCCAGUUCCUUUCACGCCACCAGUCUUUCCAUUUCCACAGACGCCGGCCAUUUCCCUGCAACCUCCGGCAACUCCACAACUCCCAGAUGAUCCCCAGGAACCACCGUCGUUUACGUUCACCCCACCAGCCUUUCCUGUCCCAGAGACGCCAGAUAUUACCUUGCCACCUCCGAUGAUUCCGCAAAUUCCAAAAGAACCACCAACUUUCCCGUUCACACCACCAGUUUUAACUGCCCCAGAGACACCGGAUGUUUUCCUUCCGCCGCCGGUAAAUCCUGUGCUGCCCGGAGACCCACAAGAGCCGUUCCCGUUUGCAUCCUCUCCGCCCUCGCCGGAGUUUAUCCUUCCAGAACCAUCGCAGGAGGCACCGUCACCACCACUAGUAUUCUUACCCCCGCCAUCUGAUGCUUCUCCUUGA